AUGUGCAUGGCCAUUUCAGAUAAGCCGUGUUUUAAGGAAGAAAGAAGGAAGACAGGCAAACAAGUAGUUUUUGAUGACCUGGAUGAUGAGAUAAUUGAUCCAGAGCACGACGAUCCUUUAGUCAUUUCUGGGCUGCUAGCAAUUUAUCGCGUUGAUAGAAUGUUGGUAGACUCGGGGAGCUCGGUGGACAUUAUAUUUUUGGAUGCGUUUAGAAGAAUGGAUUUGGAUUAUGACCAGUUGGAGCCAUGUAAGGAGAAAAAUGUUGUGGAGCCACCACAACAAGCCAAAGAAGGAAAUGUACAAAGAGAAGAAGAAGGAAAGAAAGAAAAAGAGGUAAUGGUGGUGGGGAUGGAUCCUCGGGUGGAGGACAAGGCGGAUAGGCCGGAACCCGCCGGUGCAAUGGAAGAAGUUCAAUUAGGGAUAUCUCCAAAACAGUGUACUAAGAUGGGGUUCGAGUUGGAGCCUGAGGUGGCAGAGAGUUUGAAGGAUUUGUUGAAAAAGAAUGCUGAUUUGUUUGCAUGGAAACCUUCAGAUAUGCCCGGUAUGGAUCCGGCAUUGUCUUGUCAUCGCUUGGCAAUGACCCCAGGAGUAAAGCCGGUAGCGCAGAAGAAACGGAGAUUUUGUUUAGAAAGGAGGAGGGCCAUUGAAGAAAAGACACAAGAGCUUUUGGAAGCAGGGUUUAUUAGAGAAAUAGAAUAUGCUACGUGGCUAGCCAACCCAGUGCUGAUAAGGAAGCCAGAUGGGAAAUGGAGAAUGUGUACAGAUUAUACAGACUUCAAUAAAAUACCGUUAUGGAAGGAAGAUCAAGAAAAAACAGCGUUCAUAACUGAUAAUGCAGUGUAUUGUUAUAAUGUCAUGCCAUUUGGAUUAAAGAAUGCAGGAGCAACGUACAUGAGGAUGAUGAACAAAGUGUUUAAGGCACAAAUGGGUAGAAUGUUGGAAGUAUACAUGAAUGAUAUGAUUGUGAAGUCGGGGGACGGUAAGACACAUUUACAAGACUUGCAGGAGGUGUUCGAGCAGGUCGGGAAGCAUAAUAUGCGCUUAAACCCAAGUAAGUGCACUUUCGGGGUUCCAGCCGGAAAUUUUUUGGGUUUCCUGUUAACAGAAAGGGGAAUUAAAGCUAACACGGACAAGUGUAGAGCAGUGAUGGAAAUGAAAAGCCCAGAGAAUAUUAAAGAAGCCCAAAAGUUGAACGGGCGAGUAACAGCUUUGUCCCGAUUUUUGGCCAAGUCUGCACAGGUGUCUUUGCCACUAUUUCAACUUCUAAAGAAGGGAAGUAAUUUUGCAUGGACGGAGGAAUGUGAGACAACAUUUCAGCGCUUCAAAGAGAUGUUGGCUUCGCCGCCAAUCCUAGGCAAGCCGGAACCAGGUGAAGUGUUAUACUUAUAUUUAUCUGUUUCACAGGAGGCUGUUAGUUCAGUUCUCGUCCGAGAAGGGAAAGAUGGGAAACAGCAACCGGUAUACUUUAUAAGCAAGGUGUUACAAGGAGCAGAAACAAGAUAUCAGCAUGUAGAGAAAAUUGCAUUUACACUGUUGAUUACAGCAAGGAGGCUUCAUCAGUAUUUCCAAUGUCAUCAAGUGGUUGUUCGGACUAAUCAGCCAAUAAGGCAAAUGUUGCAUAAGCCGGACCUCGCAGGUCGGAUGGUAGCAUGGGCAGUGGAGUUAUCUGAAUUUGGCAUUCAUUUUGAAGCGCGCAACACGAUCAAAGCACAAGCUUUUGCCGAUUUCGUGGUAGAGAUGACACAACCCGAAGGGAAGCAAGAAAAUGGUUGGUGGAAGUUGUUUGUGGACGGGUCGUCCAACAAAAGAGGCAGUGGGGUAGGGGUUAUAAUAGAGAACCCGGAAGGAGCGGUCGUAGAACAUUCGCUGGCAUUGGAGUUUCCAACGACUAAUAAUCAAGCAGAGUAUGAAGCAAUGGUUACUGGUUUGGUUUUGGCAAAGGAGCUCGGAGCUGAGCUCCUAGAGGUGUAUAGCGAUUUCCAAUUAGCAACUUCGCAAAUCAGCGGAGUUUACCAAGCUCGAGGGGAGAUUAUGAUUAAAUAUUUGGCAAGGGUACAGGAGUUGAUGAAAGAAUUGAAGGAGAUCCGAGUAGAGCACAUUCGGAGAAACGAUAAUGUUAGAGAAGAUGUGUUGUCAAAGCUGGCGAGCACUAAAGCCUCAGGAAAUUUGAGGACCAUUAUACAGCAAAAUAUUCGAGCUCCGAGUAUGGUGUGGAUGGUCGAAGAGGUGGAUUGGAGAAGCCCAAUUAUAGAGUAUUUGGAAAAGGGAAAGGAGCCAGGAGAAAAAAUGGAAGCAAGUCGGCUUAGGAGAAGAGCGGCUUGGUUUGUCAGGAUAGAAGGACAGUUGUAUAGAAGAGGGAUAAAUUCUCCUUUGUUGAAAUGCAUAGCUCCACCGAACACGGAAUACGUGCUAGAAGAAAUACACGAGGGGAUCAAUGGACAUCAUCUAGGAGGGAAGUCGUUAGCUAGAAAGCUAUACAAGCAGGAUAUUUUUGGCCAACAAUGGGAGAAAAUGCUAAAAAACAUGUACGCAGAUGUGAACAGUGUCAGAAGUCCGUUUCCUAGAGCAGCCGGAGGAGUGAAAUAUCUGAUAGUGGCAGCAGAUUACUUCACCAAGUGGAUAGAGGCAGAACCCGUCACCACCAAAACUGCUCGGAAAGUCCAGAAGUUUUUCAUUAGGAAAAUAAUCUGCAGGUUUGGUAUUCCGGCUAUAAUCAUAACUGAUAAUGGGACACAGUUCAUUGAUAGAAAAUUUCGGCAGGUAAUAGCCGACUUGGGGAUAAAGCACCAGUUUGCAGCAGUUGAACAUCCACAAACAAACGGGCAAGUGGAUUUGGCAAACAAAAUUCUGACAAACGGGUUAAAAAGAAGAGUAGAAGCGUGCAAAGGAAGUUGGGUAGAAGAGCUAGACAAUGUUUUAUGGGGAUAUAGAACUUCUGUGCAGUUUAGUAUUCAAGAAACACCGUUUAAAAUGACUUACGGGUUUGACACAAUGUUACCUGUAGAAGUCAGAGAACCAUCAUGGAGAAGGAAGUUGAGUUCAGAAGAUAAAGAGAAAGAGAAUAGUGAGUUGAUGAAGAUUGAUAUGCAGUUGCUGGAGGAAGAAAGAGACAAAAUAGCAAUCGUUGAAAUGGCAUCCAAGCAGCGAGCAGCGACAAGAUACAACAGAACAGUGGUCAAGCGAACAUUUCAAGUAGGAGAUUUGGUGCUCAGGCGGGCAGAUGUGGGAAAUAAGAAUGCAAGAGAUGGGAAGUUAGCAGCCAAUUGGGAAGGUCCAUACCGAGUAACAAAAGCCACUAAUACAUGA